AAGCACCACUGACUCAGAACCGGUGCACCCCGGGGUGCAGGCCCGGCCACCUGGAGUGUUCCAGCGUGUUGGAAAUGAGAGGGGUGGGGUUGUCCUGGCAUAGACGUCACUGUAGGCUGGGGAAGGCCGUGGUUUUGUCUGUGAGAUCUGGGUGGCAGCCCAACUCCUAGGCGGCAUGUUAACCUGCAAGCAGCCCCAGGGAGAGGUAUCCAAGGCUAGUAGCCUGGGCCACCAUUUCCAGCCCCGUCUGCUGGUUUGGCAGGGGUCAGCCCUGUCCAAUACACUGUGGGGUGUCCCUACCUUCCACCCUGGGACUCCAGAGGUUCCUCUUUGCUCUGGCCAGCUUCCCCCAGGGGCUCCAGGCUGCUUCUGCAUUUUGUGUAUUCAUGACUGUAGCCUAACCCUGGGUGCCCACAGAGCCAGUGCCACACCAGGUUCAUCUGAUUGCACCAGUGGCUUGGAAGUAGAAGACUUGGGGGGGGGGUGUUGUUGCCCAACCACAGGACCAGGCUGUCACGGGCCUCAACACCUGUGCCAUCCAUCACCUUCCUGCCACCCCCGACAUCUGGCCAAGGUCAGCCUUGGUGUUCAUCCUGGAGGGACCUGUCUUGGGGGCGGGCCAGGCAGUUGGACAAGUCUGACAGGUACCUUGGGAACCUGGGAUCUGGAGGGAGUGGUAGCAAGGCAGCACCCUCCUGCAGGGAGGGGCACCUAGAAUGCAGCUGCUGGUAGGCAGAGGACUGGGGUCAGAACAGGCAGGGACGUGCCAGCCAGAAGGAGGAGGCACCAACAGGUCCGGUCCGGAUGCCCUGCCCUCGGCCGCCCUGGCUCUGGCGCCCGCCUCAGAGCUCACUCUCCGCGCCCCGCUCCCCAGGCAGGGAGGAGGGCGAUGACGACGAGGAGGAGGAGGAGGAAGGGGACGGCAGCCCGGGCUCGGGUCCUAUCCUGUCCCCCGUGGAGUGUCUCAUUUGUGUGUCACCCUUCGACGGCGUAUUCAAGCUGCCCAAGCGCCUGGACUGCGGCCACGUCUUCUGCCUCGAGUGCCUGGCUCGCCUGUCCCUGGCCACGGCGGGUGGCGGCGACGCGGUGGCCUGCCCCGUGUGCCGCGCGCCCACGCGCCUGGCCCCGCGCCGAGGGCUGCCCGCGCUGCCUACGCAGCCCAGCCUGCUGCCCCCUCGCCGCCUUUCCUGGACCAGUCCGGCCUGGGCCUUCAACGCGGCCGUGGCGCUGGCGGUGCUGGUGGCCGCGGGCCUCGUCGUCUCGGGCGUCUACAUCUUCUUCCUCAUCCCCCACGCCGCCGCCUCCGGCCCGGUGCUGCCCCAGCUCGUGGCGCUCGCGCCGGCGCCCGGGUUCUCCUGGUUCCCGCCACGGCCCACACCGGGGACACCCUGGACCCCUGCCUGGACGCCGCGCCCCAUGGGCCCUGACCUGGACGCCGCCCUGCCAGGGGCUUCGGAGGACGUGCUGGAACCUGAGGGGGGCUCCGAUGACACGGCGGUGGCUGAGGGGAUGCCGGACAGGCCCUCGGACCGAAUGUGGGGGGCAGAGGCUGGUCCGGGCUGGGCCCCGCGGGGACGGGGUGGGAGGAGAUUGGGGGGGCCACGGUAAACGCAUCUGUGCUGCAGGUCCCGUCUCCAGGCCUGGGUACCUCCGUGUCCUCCUGGUGGCGCCCUGCCAGGGUCACUUACCGUGAUCCUAGGAGAGGCCUUAGCAAGGUGCAAGGAAAGCACCUGUUUCUCCGAGGGAGACUUAGUGGGACCAUUCCAGGCAUCAUCACCACGGAGCAGGGACCCUCUCAAGGAGCAGCCCCUGCCUUCAUUCCCAGAAGGACCCUCUGGGAGCCCCAUGACCCCAAUUACUGUGGGCAUCCAGCUGAGGCUGCCCUGACCCCCAUCUUUGAAAAGGUCCUUCUGGGAGGUACUCCUAAACCUGGUCUCCAUGAGAGUCCAGUUGGGAGUACCCUUGAUCCUCAUCCCUCAAGGGAGUCCAGCUGGGGAACCCUCUGACCAACAUCGUGCAGGUACCCUGCUAGGGGCACCAUCAGUCCGUGCGGAGGGUCCUACUGAGUGCACCCCCAGUCACCAUCAGACCCCUGGGGGAGCAUCCUCAGCUAGCAGCUAGGGCUGGAGGCUCUGAUUUACUCAUCCUGUGGGCUCACAGCAGGUGGCCGGAGGUCCCUAUCUUUUGUGGCAAAGCUGCUACUGCUGUUAGUCUCUGGUCAUCCCCUGCCUGGCCCAUUGCAGUCCUCCCCACCCCCACCAAGGUUGUGGAGUUUAUUUUCCACUCUGCUUGUAGAUUGGGUCUGGGUGGGAUGCAGCUGUUUCCAUGCUGGUCCUGGGUUGUCUCUCCACACACAUGGCUGGGCUUGGGCUUGAAGGGUCAGGGGUGGCCUGGCCAGGGCUAAGGAGGGACACAUAGGGCCUGAGCCUCAAAGAUUAGCUCCCACUUGGUCCUGAGCACCAAUUUGCAAAUGGGAGCCUUGAGUACUGCUACAGGUCGUGGCUUCUGGGAUCCUCCUGAUAUGCUGUGGAACAGCUGUGGUCACCAAGUCUCAAAGAGGCCAAGGUUGCCCUCUGGGUCGGUGCCACAUGAUUUUCGGGUGGGUGCUCCUGGAUCUUCCUGGCCUGCUAGGAGACACCCUGGCCUCUCUCCCUGGGUGCUAGAACCCCCAUCAACCCCAUUUCCACUCGUUAAUUUCUUGGGGCCAGUUAUUGCACCUCCCCCUCCAGAGCUCCAUCAACCUUUUUGGGCAUCCCUGCUGUUCCCCUAGGUGGAGCCUCACCCCUGGAUAGCAGCCUACGGGGAGGGCAGCUCUUGGGUUCCUGUCCUCCUCCUCCUCUCAGAAGCCUUCCGGCGUUAGUCAUCACAGGGUGGAUGGCUGCCACCCUCUACACAAACUGAACACGGGCCUUCUGUUUCCCCCCGGUCUCUGGGGCCCUCAUCCUGUCCCACUUUGCCCAGGGUCAGGGUUCUGUGUUUUGUGGGUGGGAAUCUGGCAUUUUCCAGAGAGAAAUGUGACUUCUAUGGGGCUGGAGGCUCUUGUUUGAUUUGUUUACAUAUGUGUCCUCAGUGCCUGGCAUACAGGGGGUGCCAAAUACUUUUCUGGGGAGUGACAGCAUUGCAGGUGACCAGGAGGCAGCCUGGGAAUGCCUGUGGGCACCCUAGGCUCAGCUAGCUCCUAGCCACCCGGAUCUAGGCAUGUCAGCGAAGCUCCUUUUGAUGGGAGCUGCUGCUUCCAGUUGGGAAGCCAGAGGGGGGAACAUCGGGACAUCCAAGGGAGUGUCUUUCCAGACUGGUUCUUGUCGCACACCCAGGUGCCAAUGUCACCCACAGGGGCUGAGACCCGUGUGCUGGGUCACUGGGCAGCCAUAGCCCAGCCCACACAGGGAGGGGACUUGGUCAGGCAGGAGCAGGGUUGGUGGUCUGUAUUAGUUUUCUCUGACUGCUGCGACAAAUAACUGAGUCCCUUAGAACAACACACAUUAAUUCUCUUAUAGUUCUUCAGGCCAGGAGUUUUGAAAUAAUUUUUACCUAGCUAAAGUCAAGUGUCCUCAGGGUUAGCUCCUCCGGAGGCUCCAGGAGAGAAUUUCCUUACCUUUUCAUCUUCUAGAGCUGCAUUCCUUGGCUUCUUCCUCUAUUUUCAUAUUUUGUUUUUAUUUUUUUAAGUAAUCUCUACGCCCAAUGUGGGGCUCAACUCACAAUCCCAGUUCAGGAGUCCCAUGCCCUACUGACUGAGCCAAGCAGGCACCCUGUCUUCCUCUGUCUUCAAAGGAAGUAGCAUAGCAUCUUCAGAGCUCCGACUGUCCUUCCUCCCUCUUUCACUUAUAAGGGUACAGUGAUCACAUUGAGCCCACCUGGAUAAUCCAGGAUAAUUUCCCCAGAUAAACAUCUCAAUUUGAUCACAUCUGCAAAGUCCAUUUUGCCAUUUAAGGUAGAAGAUUCACGGAUUCUGGGGAUUAGGAUCUGGCUAUCUUUGGGGGCCAUUAUUCAGUUUACCAUAGAGUCUCAGAUAUUCAUCUUCUCAUCCCUUCCCUCCUCUGUCCCAGGCUGGGAGAGUGGGGAGGGGCAGAAGCUGGGCCCAGCCAGUGGAGUCAGAAAGGGGCCCUUAGCUGGUGGUGCACAGAAGGGGCAGAGAAAAUGCUCUCUGCCAGAGGGUGUUCAAGAAAGGCUGCCUGGAAGUAGACCUGUAUCUUCGAAUCAGCUGGCAUCACGGCAGAGGGACCUGGGGCAGUAAGGGUGUGGCUGAGGGCAGUGGGCAGGGCUGACACCCCCCCCCAACUACUGUCCCCCUAGGGGCUAGGGAAAGUACGGCUUCUCCACUCUCCCAACUGGGAGACUGAAGCCUCAGUAUCUCCUCCCUUAAAAUGAGGUUGAUGACAGAUCCCAGGGGUCCUGAACAUUCUUGUCUGCUAACUACUACCUCAGUGCCUGCCCACCCACUGCCCACGAACAAAGGGGCUGCCCGAAACCACUUGGGGCCAGGAUGAUGGGGGCCUCCUCCCCACCCUGGCCUACCAGCUUCUGUGACCACCCAGAGCUAUGCCCGCCCCGCCCUCCCUCUGCCCACUUUAGCCCUGCUGCAUAACCAUUCCUCAUCUGCUGCACCCUUGCGCCUCCUCCUGGGUCCUGGUGCCUGUGAAUACCCAGAGAGGGGGAGUCAACCUCAGUGGCUGGCAUGGUGCCAGAGACGCCAGACGUCGGUUCUCUCUUCUGUAAAAUGGGGGAAAAUAAACAUUUUACUUG